AUGGCCCUAGUCCAGCAAACUUACGAGAUGUCCUACGACGAUAGCUCGGAUUCGGGCUUCGAAAUGUCUUUUAAAUCGGAGACGACGGAUUACAGGGAUGACCGCAGUGAUUACAUCGAGUACGACAUCGAUGGCUACGACAGCAGGAACGUGCUGAACACCCCGCAGAAGCAGCAGUUGUACGAGAAAUUCGCAAGUGCCUUUCACAAGAGUGCAAGUGGUGAAUUCGAGAGGGACUCGAUCCAAGUGACUCCACCGAAUUGGAACCAGAAUUACCAUCAUCACGUCGCUAAACCGAGCCACGUUAGUAGGGACUUGUUCAACGGAAAAUGUUCGAGCGAAGAAGAUUUUUGCAAUUCGAUCGUGCCGCUGGUAACAUCGACGCCCGUCAAGGAUGAGAAACCGAAGAGGCGUUACGCCACCGGCAGGAAUCGAGUGACUCGAGCGAAAAGUCCGUCGCAGAUAAUGAAGAUCAAGAAGACGAGAAGAUUGAAAGCGAACGAUCGUGAAAGGAACAGGAUGCACAUGCUGAACGAAGCUCUGGAUAAGCUCAGGUGUGUUCUUCCGGCUUUUCCAGAAGACACGAAGUUAACUAAGAUCGAGACGCUGCGCUUUGCUCACAACUAUAUCUACGCGCUCAGCGAGGCCGCCAACGACGUCGGGAAAUAUAAUUGCCGAAAUAGUGAUAGUAUCCUAGUGCAGGUCGGAAACGUGACUGUUUCCAUCAACAAAGACGGCAACAAAAUAACGCAGAGUAACAAUCAGCAAGAACCUUACAGCAGCAACGCCGUCGUCACCAGCGGCAGCAUAACCAACGCCAGUUUCAUGCAAGACUACAAUACGCCGAUGAUGAUUGAAGAGGGUCUCAAAACGGAAGAGCAAUACUACAACACCCAACAACCUCCCCAUACCUCCGUCGAUUUCUACAACAACGGUUACGAUUAUUACGGCAACUCCAUCAGACCUAACAAGUUGCAUUACAAUAACAAUAGCAUGUACGAGUGCCUGUAA